AUGGCAUCCACACCAAAGCUGACCACCCAGCCCCCGCCGACUCCAACAUACGUCCUCUCCUACCCAGCGCCAUAUGUCUUACUCAUCACGAUCAACCGACCCAAGGCUAUGAAUUCCUUGCCAUACGCAUCACAGUGGGAAGCCGACGCACUCCUGCAAUGGUUCGAUGGCGAGCAGGAACUCCGCGUGGCGGUAAUCACUGGGAAUGGCAAGGCCUUUUGCGCGGGACAGGAUCUUAUCGAACAAAAGGACAUUGCGAAUGCUCGAGAGAAGGGCGAGGUUUUGGAUCGUAGACAAUUAGUACACCCUCCUUCGGGAUUCAUGGGAGUCUCGCGUCGUGUUGGAAAAAAGCCUGUGAUUGCUGCUGUAAAUGGCUGGGCUAUGGGCGGCGGAUUUGAGAUCUGCCUUGGUUGUGACAUGAUUGUUGCGUCUCCCAACGCAACAUUCGGUCUGCCCGAAGCCAUGCGUGGUUUGUACGCCGGAGCAGGCGGCCUCUCCAGACUCGUUCGUCUGGCAGGUAUGACCGUCGCAAGUGAGAUUGCCAUGGCCGGACGAUUUCUGUCAGCUCAGGAAGCUGUGCAGUACAAUAUUGCGAACCGWGUGUCCAAGACACAUGAGUCGGUGGUGCAAGAGGCAGUUGACCUUGCCGCCAAGGWGGCAAGCCUGAGUCCCGAUGCCAUUAUUGUAACCAGGYAUGGACUUCGAGAAAGCUGGGAGCAGGGCAGCGUUGAGCGAGCGAGUCAGGCGACUGAUUCCAGGUAUGGAGCUGGCCUGCGAGAUGGCCAGAAUAUUGCCAUUGGUUUGAGGGCUUUUGCGGAGAAGAAGGCUCCGAAAUGGGUUCCUAGCAAGCUGUAG